AGAUGAUCAAAAAUGUUAGCUGAACUUUGUGAAACCGAAUGGUUUUAACACACCGAAUUUGUUUUGCGGUUUACUUUUGGCAUCAAUUGGAAACCUAUAAGGAAUAAAAGAAAUUUAUUGUCAUGCGCUUACACUUAAAUUUAGUUGGACUGUUGGUAUAUUUGCUGGCGCCCUUUCUUCAAAUUCGUGCUAUCCGCAGCUCAGGAAAUUGCUCACUCGUCUACGAGAUACCCUUUAAAUUCGUGUGCAAGGGUAAAGUGACUAAUGAUAUGUACACCUUGUUUCGGGACAACCGAGCACCAGCGGGAACGUCCUACUCCGUGUGGCACAGCGAGGAGGACGACGACGACGUUUCGAUGGUCCUGAUUACGUUCCACUGCCCGCAACUGUCAGGCCUGGACUUCAUCGCUCUGGAUAAAAAUGUGUUUAUGCUUAGCCAAUUCUUCGUAGGGACUUCAGGGAACGGAUCCUUCCAAACCAUUCUUGUCUCACCGUGUACACUCCACUGCUUCCCCUUCAGUCUGCGCUAUCCGAGAGAGCUGGAGAGGCAUUGCCUUGGAGAAGACUUGGGUGAUGGAGACGAUGUCACCAAGAAGCCGAUCCUGUUCUACGGUUCCCUCAUGGUAAAAAUCCCCGAGGCCGUGAAGAACGAUGCUCGAACACUCAGUCUGCUUAGGGCGUUGCUGGUUGUCGUGUAUGCGAAGACUAUUUAUUGAUAAUACAUAGAUUCGUACCAAUUAAACAACAAAAUUACAAGUACAAAUUACAGUGUUGAUUAUUUUCAAUAAAACUUGGGUUACG